UUUGGCAACCCUUAUUGCAGCUAUGUCCUUGUCACAAAAAGGGACUACCAUGGGUCUAAUCUUGAUCCUAGUGUUCAUGUUAUCCGGUGAGACCAUGGCUCAAUCCGGCUGCACCACUGCACUUAUUGGCUUAGCCCCAUGCCUAACCUUUGUAUCAGGAAAUGCAUCAAUUCCAUCUGCUUCAUGUUGCUCACAGCUAUCUAAUGUAGUUCAGGGUCAACCACAAUGUUUGUGCUCGCUACUAAAUGGCAGUGGGCCUAAUCUUGGGAUAUCGAUAAACCAAACACUGGCUCUAUCGCUUCCCAGUGCUUGUAAUGUACAAACUCCCCCGGUUAGCAAGUGCAAUGGUGUUGCUAAUGGACCUACAUCAUCAGUGGCUGAUUCUCCAACAAGUAAAUCUCCAUCAGAUUAUUCUUCUAAUGAAGCACCUGUUGGUGCUCCAAGUAGUACUUCUACACCAACGAUUCCUGAUGUUGGUGUUCCAACUACUACAACUACACCAACAAAACCUGAUGUUUCUUCGGGGGGUUCAAAAUCAGUCCCUUCAACAAACAGUGAUGGAUCAGAUGCAACAAUCAUUAGGGAGUCUACUCGUGUGCUAGUGGUUGCUUUUUUGGUAGCAACGUGUGCAUCUAUUGUGACAAAAUUUUGAACUGCUUCCGCUGGAAAUAUUAUGAUCUAUUGUAUCAAAACACUUUAACUUUGACUUAUAGAAAAAGUCUUUUUAAGCAAUCUUUUAUAUGUAGUUUUGUUAAAAGUAUGUUCACGUUAUAUUGUAUUCCAAUUAGAGAAGAUAUAUCUAUAUGUACAUGUCGAUUGAUGAUGUUUUCUUAUGCAUGGUUGACAAAAUUCAAAACAGAUCCUAUAUAUAGAAAGGUUGUUAGGACAAUAUGACAUCAGAUUUACAUAUUGUUUUUUGUUUGUUUUCUAUAAAAUA